AUGCCUCUAUUACUCGAGGCGUGGGCUUUGCCCAGCGCCAUUGUAUUCAUUGUGUACAUCACCACUCUAUGGUAUGCAGAAGUGCUACAUGAAGUUCCAAACCCUUACCUGGAUGAGUACUUCCAUAUCCCCCAAGCCCAGAAGUACUGCAAAGGCGACUACUCAUGGGAUCCGAAGAUCACCACUCCACCUGGCCUCUACUUGGUCUCCAAAUUAUCGAAGCCAUUAUUGGGCUGCGAAACAUCCUCCUUGCGCCUUUUGAACGCCGAAGCUCUUUGUAUCAUCAUGAUUAUGAGUUAUAGUAUUCUGCGUCUACUUCGAAAGCGUCAGAACCCAGGCAAGAGCUUGCAGGAGCACGAAAACAGUGCAGAGCGCGACUCUGCUGUGAGAGACCAUACCUUCGUGGUUGACGUUCACUCCGCUCUUAACAUUGCACUCUUCCCCCCUCUCUUCUUCUUCUCUGCGUUGUACUACACAGAUGUGAUGUCAACUCUGGCGGUAUUAUUCGCAUAUAGCGCAUACCUGACGAGUUCUAUGUCAAAGCGAACUAUUGUGGGAAUGAUCAGUACAGUAGCACUGGGAGUUUUUGCACUUCUGUUUCGACAAACCAACAUCUUUUGGGUGGCUGUGUUCCCCGCUGGGCUUGCGGUCAUCGAAACACUGAAGAAAGAUGCGCCGGCAACUUUCUCAACAAGUUCAGACCUUAGGUCAGCUGUACAGACCAGUUGGAACGAUGGUGCAAUCUAUGACAGUCAUGUUCAAGACGCGGGCCUCCAUGAUGUUGUCAUGUUCCUGCUGUCUGUGGUGGUUGCAGCCUUACGGAAACCUUUGAUCGUACUCAAGGUCACCUUACCUUAUAUCACCCUUCUAUUUCUGUUCACUGAAUUUGUAAUCUGGAACGGCAGUGUUGUCCUUGGGGACAAAUCAGCCCACACGGCUACUAUUCAUCUUCCUCAGAUGCUCUACAUCUGGCCUUACAUUAUGUUCUUCUCGGCACCACUAUUAAUUGGCCCCCUGCUCAGACCUGCUGUCACUUUCUUACCGAGACGUCUCCAGACAUUGUGCCAUGAACAUCUCAACAUCUCUUACUACGGAAUCCCGACAACUGCAACGACUGCGUUCUUCAUAGCCGGCAGCUUCCUUGCAGUCAAUUUCAAUACCAUCAUUCACCCGUAUACCUUAGCCGACAACAGACACUUUGUUUUCUACGUCUUCAAGGUGCUUCGACUAUACCCCACAUUGAAGUACCUCGCAGUACCAGUAUACUAUAUAUGUGCAUGGACUACUGUUCAAGCGCUUGCUUCACCACCACAGCCGGUCUCGCCUGAAAAGGAGCAAACACCAAUGGAGAAAAGUAAAGCCAGUCUUACAAAAGACAACGCUGGUCGCCCUACUUGCCAGAUAAGCUUCGUCAUUGUGUGGCUAGUGACCACUGCGCUCUCACUCAUUACUGCUCCACUAGUAGAGCCUCGUUAUUUCAUCAUUCCAUGGAUAAUCUGGCGGCUACACGUACCCUGCAACCAAGCUGUAAUGUCGAACAGCAGAGGGCUUGACGUACGUAUGGUCUUGGAGACUGUUUGGCUGCUCGCUAUCAAUGCGGCUGUCUCAAAUACUUUCUUGUAUCGUACAUUCACGUGGUCCAGUGAGCCUGGUAACUUGCAGAGGUUCAUCUGGUAG